AUGGCGACGGAGCAAGCACUGGACCCCUCUCUCCCUUCAUGCCGGUAUCUCCUCUCUGCUAUUCUAGCUAUGGAACCUUCCGACUGCUUAUUAUCACAUGCCAGGGUGUGUGGCGGAGGCUCAAUUACUGAGCAAGUUCAACAAUUUAUCUUGGACCAUUGCCUUUCCACACAUGGUGAUAUUCAUGCACCUUACUUGAAGAAUUUUCUUAAGAAGCUUAUCACUCAAGUUGAGUGUGAUCAUGGCUCUGUCUUGGACCAAUUUUAUGAACUCUAUGCUCACUACAUUACAUCAUUUAAGGAUGAUAGUUUAGGCAAAAGAGAUUCAAGAAUCUGCAAAAGAAUUUCUUUUCUUUUUCCUACCGAUUAUUCUGAGCUACAAACUUGUCCAUACUCAAGAGUGCUGUCUUUUUCAUUGAAGUGUUCUAUAAACAUGCUUGAAGGUGAUACUGGAUGCUCAAUAUGGCCAUCAAGUCUGUUUUUGUCCGAGUUAAUACUUUCCCAUCCUGAAUUAUUUUCUAAUAAAUUGUGCUUUGAGAUUGGCUCAGGAGUUGGUUUAGUUGGAUUAUGCCUAGCCCACGUGAAAGCUUCUGAGGUGAUACUAAGUGAUGGUGACCUUUCAACUUUAGCUAACAUGAAGCUUAAUUUAGAGUUGAACAACCUGAAUGUUGAAACUGACACAUUACAAAGAAACGAAGAUACAAGCACGGUAAAAUGCUUGUAUCUGCCAUGGGAAUCUGCAUCAGAAAGUCAACUACAAGAUAUCAUGCCGAAUGUUGUGUUGGGUGCAGAUGUGAUAUAUGAUCCAGUUUGCUUGCCGCAUCUUGUUCGCGUACUCACGAUUCUUUUGAACCGGAUGAACUCGAACAGUGAACAUGAAAAUGGUGAACAUUAUUAUAACGGUGCGACUGAUAGAUCUGAUGGUAGAUGCAAACCAGAUAAUUAUGAUGGUUAUAACGGCCAGCCAAAGGAAGCACGGGUGGCUUAUAUUGCAUGUGUUAUUCGGAAUAUUGAAACCUUCAACUAUUUUCUCUCUCUUGGGGACCAAGCUAACCUUGAUAUUGUGGACCUAACAGAUUCACUGAAGCCAAUGAGUCUCCUUCCUUACAUGCAGUCAUACAAUCAAGCCGAUAUUAAACUACUGCGCAUCACUUUCCGUCGUACAAAUCAGACUACAGUAAAAUGA